AUGGCCCCAAACAAGAACAAGAACCACCAGCCCAAAAUCCCCGGUACUGUGUCCAACGGAAGCAUACGCUUCAACUCUCAGGCGGCAAGCCUUCCUCAGAAACGGGGUCAAUCCUUGGUGAUUGAACAAAGCUCAGUUACAAAGAUUCCAAGCUUUGCCAUCAAUACUAACGCCCUUGCCAAGAACGCUCGAGAGGAGUUCUACAAAGACACCGUCGUCCUUCGCCUUCGCGGUCUGGCACACCAAGUUACCCUCUUCAAGAUCCAAUCUCUGAACCAAGCCACCAUCGCCCAGAUCCUCACUGAGGUUCAAGCUACCAACGCUUGCAUGGAUGGAAUGGAAACUCACAUGGAUGAGAUGAGUAACAUCAUCUCUCAGCGCAAACUCGGCAAUGUCCUGGCAGGUCUCAGGUGGGCACGACCUUGGCUUCAGAGAGUCCUCUACGACAUCCCCUACAAAAUCUUCAGGGGCAUUCGGAAUGUACCUCUUGGCUUCUACUAUCAUGCCGUUUGGAGUUAG